CUGCAUGGGCUGGGAGGGCUUUUCCAGCCUGAAGGAUUUGGGGAUUCUUGCAGAGAGACAUAAAGCUGCCCUCGGUGCCGACUGCUGCUGGAGGGGCUGCUCCAUCCCUGGGCACAGGGGAUGCCAGGCUCUGCUGCAGGGUGGCACCCAGGGGUCCAGCAGCCUCUCCUCUCCAUUGCAGGGCUCAGGGAAUGCCAGGCUCUGCUGUAGGACGGCACCCAGGGGUCCAGCAGCCUCUCCUCUCCAUUGCAGGGCACAGGGGAUGCCAGGCUCUGCUGCAGGGUGGCACCCAGGGGUCCAGCAGCCUCUCCUCUCCCUUGCAGGGCUCGGCAUGGAUUUCCUGACGCUGUUCCUGCUGUACCUGUGCUCCCUGCUGGCCGUGGCUGCCCUGCUGUGCCUGAGCUCGGGAAGGCAGGAGAGCUUCCUCACCAGGAGUGUCACCAGGGCCAGCCAGGUGCUGUCACUGCUGAUCCCCAGCCAGCUGCAGAGGGUGGCACAGCGGGCACUGCACAGGCUCUUCCACACAAGGAGCCGUUUGUUUGUGGUGCUGCACGUGGCCCUGCAGGCUGCAGUGUUUGGGGAGUACACCUGGGAGGUGUUCGUGUACUGCAGGGAGCUGCAGUUCCACCUGCUGCUGCUGCUGCUGCCCUACCUGCUGCUGGCUGGCAACCUGGGCUGCCUCCUGCUCUGCUCGCGGGCCAACCCUGGUACAGUGACCAAAUCCAACGCUGCAUCCCUGGCUAAGGUUUAUGCCUACGAUGGGGUGUUGUUCCAGAGAGGCCUCGUGUGUCCCACGUGCACCCUGGAGAAACCAGCCAGGUCCAAGCACUGCAGCGUGUGCAGGGCGUGCGUGCACCGCUUCGACCACCACUGCGUGUGGGUGAACAACUGCAUCGGGGCUGGCAACGCGGGGCUGUUCCUGCUCUACCUGCUGUCCCUGACGGCCACCGCGGGCGCCGUGGCCGCCGUCACCGCCGCGCUGCUCGUGCGCGUGCUGCUGCUCUCCAGCGCCCUGCACGGCACCCACCUGGAUGCCCAGGGCCAGGAGCGGCCCCUGGGGAUCCCCCUCCUCGUCCAGCACCUUUUCUUGACUUUCCCCAGGAUUGUCUUCAUGCUGGGCUUUGUCAUCCUGCUCACCCUGGUGCUGGGGGGAUAUUUCUCCUUCAGUCUGUAUUUGGCCCUCACCAACCAGACCACCAACGAAUGGUGCAAAUCCCGAAGAUUUGGGGACUCCCCCCCUGUCCCCUCACAGCCUCAUGACAGACCCCUCGUCUACAGAAACAUUUAUUCCAAAGGGAUCUGGAGGAACUUAAAGGAAAUCUUUAACCCUCCUAUGACGUUGGAAAGGAAGAAGAAAACAUGAAGAUAUCCUUGUUUCUCUGGGCAUUUUUAAAUGUUUUCUAAGACUUCAGUUCAGCAGUGGGCUUGGCUGCCCCAGGCAGACUAUGGAACAAGAUUCCGGAACUGCAGAUUUGGAACAAGAUUACUGCAGAAUUCACAUAUUGGUGCCUCAUUGGAGCUCCCUCCCUCAGUGAGACUCAGGGCCAGCUCAGUCCUGGCCCCUGUAUAAGGAUUUGGUUCAUCUUCCCAAGGUGAAUCUUUCUCUCUGGGAAGGGCUAACACGGAGCUCCUGUGAAUUUUGAGGAAGCAGCAUCUUUUUCUGUCUUUCUUAGGGAAACAAUUAAGCCAUGACUGUUAACAAUGACUGCAAUAGGCUGUGUGUAUUUAGCUGCAAGAAUGAUUUCUGGCAGGAUCUUACUUGCAGAAACCAUGUCCUGCUGCAGCUUUGGAGCACUAACUUCAGGAAGGAAAUUAAAGUGCCCCUGUUCACCUCUC